AGAUGUUCAAAGACAGAGUAGAGCUCACAUGCACACUGUACAUGAGAUAUUGUAGUAGCACAGGAGAGAGAGAGAGAGAGAGAGAGAGAGAGAGAGAGAGAGAGAGAGAGAGAGAGAGAGAGAGAGAGAGAGAGAGAGAGAGAGGGAGGUGCUGCAUUUAUUCUAUGUCAGAAAACCAGGGUGUUUAGGUACUGUAGUCAUUUUUAACAACACUCUUGCUGACAUGAAUGACAUCAAGCUGGCUCUGUUGGGCAGCGAGGGGGCUGGGAAAUCAGCCGUUCUGGUGAGGUUCUUGACAAAACGCUUCAUUGGAGAGUAUGCCUCCAAUGCCAAUUCUUUGUACCGUAAAAGGCUGUCCAUUGAGGGAAGACAGUUAAACUUAGAAGUCUUUGAUCCAUGUUCACAGAGUGGAGAGAGCAGAUGUAUCCUGGAGGAACCUGUGGAAUGGGCCGAUGGCUUUGUGGUGGUGUACGACAUCAGCGACCGCACAUCCUUCCUUAAUGCUGAAAACAUCCUACGUCAGAUCAAAGAGGCCCGUGAGGAGGGCUGUAAGGGGGAGGUGGACGUCCCUAUCUGCUUGGUGGGGAACAAGCAGGACCUAUGCCAUGCCCGCCAAGUGUUUGAAGAGGAGGCGCGCGCCCUGGCCCAAGAGUACCGAUGUCACUUCCAGGAAGUGUCUGCUGCUGAAGACUAUGUGGAUAUCUCUAACCUCUUCACCAAGCUCAUCCGCCACGUGAUGGAGUACCUGAAAUACCGCGCAGACCGCCGACGUUACAGCGGCUCCAAGUCAAUGGCCAAGCUCAUCAAUAACGUCUUUGGCAAGAGGAGGAAGUCUGUCUGAGCACAGGGUGUGGUGUAGUGGAUCUUCAGCUGGGUAUGGGAUUGAUGGGAGUAACAUCUGUGAUAGGAAGACAUCAGCUUGACUGUGUCUUUCGGAUCAUUUGACCACAGAGAACAGAAUCAGGAGUUCAAUAACAUUAUAUAUAUUAUACGUUUAUCAUCUUAAGACAAGAUAUCAGUUAUUUAAUUAGUUUCGAUGAUCUGUCUUUGAUGCUUCUCAAUCUUAUGCAGAAUGGAAGUCCCUCUAGUACAUUAUUAUACAAUGCUAUUCCCAAACAAUUUGAAGAAAAGUUGGGCAACAAAAGUUUUUUUUAUAUUUUAGAACUUGUAUAUCUCUGGCAGGACAACAUACUGUAUUUGAAAUUAAAUUCAAGGAAUGUGUUUGCUCUGAAGUUUAAAUGUACAUUUCACUGCUCAAAGAGGGCAGGAACGAGGAAAGAAGUAUGGCUAAAUUGCCUUACUUACUUUUGACAUUAAAAGAUAUCCCUUUGAA